GCAACCUGUUGAUUAUUGUAAGUCAUGGCCAGAUGCCUACAGAACAUUGAGUGGGCCCUUCUUAUGUUGCUUGGUGUUCAUCAUGCCCCCAGACUGCCCCAGAGAAUUGAAGUAAAACAUCCCAUAACCUUGGUUGUUGUGGGUUUUCCGGGCUGUAUUGCCGUGGUCUUGGCAUUGUAGUUCCUGACGUUUCGCCAGCAGCUGUGGCUGGCAUCUUCAGAGGUGUAGCACCAAAAGACAGAGAUCUCUCAGUGUCACGAUACUGACACUGAGACAAUACAUCCCAUAACCUUGCUGGAGAGAGAAGCAGGAGCCACCUGCCUGCCAGUGCAUUCAACUUGUCUACCUGGGUUCAACAAUGGUAUCACAUUUUUUAGCUUAAAGCAAAUAUCCUUGUAAUGACACUAAAUUGGAACACACACGCACACAACAUACAGUACUGCCUUUGGAUGCUGCGCAGCUGUAUGCUUUAGGUUUGGCAAUUACCAAUGCAGGCUUCUCACUUUCUGAUUAUUUUUUAAUCAUGAGGCCAGUUUUGCAGCAGAAAAUAGGUGAUCCAGAAGUCUGGCAUAAAAAGAAGUAAAUUGGGGGGGGGUUGAGACUAGGCUGCUCUGGCCUUACUGCUAUGGGGGGGGGGGGCGCGGGACAGGCAGCAUUUGGGGAACCUUGAAGUGCUGCUUAUCUUAGGAGGUAGGGAGCUCAACCCCUCGAGGCUUUGCUGUUGACAGCAGCGAAGUGUUCUGACUUUUUCGUCUUUGACACCCUGUCCCUCUGAUGCGGCCCCCCAGCACACACACACCCCGGGCAGCUCACGGGAGACGGAGCGAGAUAGCCCCUGGCCCUAAGAUGAUUCCGGGCAGGUUCAUCAAGCUUCAGCACUACGGACAGCGCACGCCCCGCCGUUCCGGAGGAGAUGCUCGUGCGCUUCCUGGGGGGGGGGGGUGUUCUGGAUGCGCCAAGAGGGCAAGUCGGGGGUGGGGAGGCUCCGUUUUGGCUCCAGAACGGCCCUCUGGAGUUCUGCACGCAGAUUUGGGGAAGGAGAAAUUCAGAGUUCAGCGGCUGAAACUUUGAAAAUAGUGCCCAAGUUCCAGCGGUAGCGGCUCGCGGGCGUCCGUGGGCGCGCCAGUCUGCGUCCCAGGAGGGUCUGCUGGACCCGCUGAGCGCUCCAUCGGCAAUCAGUCCAUGUCCCGCGCUGACGUCAAUGGAUCUCCCGGCCUGGCUCUAUAUAAAGAUCCGGCCAGCGGCUCCGCGCACCCUCCUUCCCGGAUCGGCAAGGACGCAUCGUGGUGAGUUACUUCUCGCUGCCGCAGGGCUGAGGCGGAACGGGACCUGGGCUGAGCAAGGGGCCCCAGAGACAGCCACUGCUUCCCCGGCGAAGCUCGAAGCCUGCCUACUUGUGUUCCCUCCUACAGGCAUCGGGCCCAGAAAUCGCGGAGAGGGGGCGGGAGAGGGACUCAGAGGCCUCAGCUCCAGCGCCAGGCUUGGACACCCCCCCUAGAAACCUUGCCCGUGGGAAGAUAGGGAGAGUCGAGGUCGUCCCGGCUCCCCUACCUCUGUGCGGAGGAGCGGAAAAGAGUGACCAGCUCCCGCCUCGCUGCGAGACCGUCGGGGCCGCUGCCGCCCCCCACCCCUGGACUCACCGGUCUCUCUCUUCCCAGGCCUGGACCGCCCCAGCAUGAGACGGGCGCCGCUGCCCAUGCUCCUGGCCUCGCUCCUACUGGUCUCUCAGGCGCCCUUCGGAGCCGGCCGAGUUCCGGACUUCGACGGCAACGCGGAGAGCGGUUUGAGCCUCCGGCUGCUGCUCUUGGGAGAGGAUCGCGCCUCCCAGUGGCCCCUCUCGCCCCCGCUGCCUGCUCCCGGACACGACGUGGCGGCCUUGGUCGUACGAUCCCUGAUCCGGGCCGGGCCCGCCGGGGAGCUGCGCCGCCGCCUGAGCGAGUUAAGCGAGCGGCUGAAGCGCCACGAGCCGCCGCUUUCCAUCGACCUUACCUUCCACCUCCUCCGCCAAAUGCUCGAGAUCUCCCGGGCUCAAAGCCAGCAGGAGCAGGCCGAGCAAAAUCGCAUCUACUUCGACUCCCUGGGCAAGUGACGUCGGCCGGG